AUGGCUAACCGAUCGAACCCUAAAUCCGGCGACCCCCAGCUCCUUGAAGGCCGAACAGGGGAGUACGCGGAGGCAACUGCAGACGCUUUCCUGGACGAUUGGCUCAAGACCGACGCUGACCGUGCGCGAGAUGCCGCCGCCGCCGCCGCCGCCGCCGCUGCUGCGGCGGGCGGGCAAAUGCUUUCGCCGCACGACAACAUCCCUCCCACCGAUCGUACAUUAGGUGCUGCGUCGACGGGUGCAGACGCUACGCGGCAAGGCGGGGUAGGUCGUCGCUUGUCAGCGACCCGCAACGGUUCAACUGCCCACGAGGACCACAAAAACAAGAGGCGCUCGAGUCAUGACCGCGGCCAUGGGAACGGACACUACACUCGACGGCGAAGCAGUGGAGGCAGGAAGAUCCACAUGAAGGGGCGCACACCGCGCGAUUCUGCCGGGACUUCGAGCGCGGGCAGCAGCGAUUCUGAAGGAGGCCCAUCCAACGACCACGUGGCGGUACACGGGUUUUUGCGCGGGAGGCCUAGUGGUGUUGUUGGUGGGCAGCGUCGCCGAAACGCCGCCGUGGGGCCGAUCUCCUCCCCAAACGGCACUGCUCCCGCCGCUCCCGCUGACAGCCAGCCGUCAGCAGCGGAGCAUCACCACCAUCGCAAUCGUGCGGGCAAACAUCGUGCGCCUAGCGAGCCGCUCGCUGGCGAACACCACAGGGAAAAAAGCGGAGAAGGCGGUUCGGACGGGAGACCAGCAGCACAACAACCUGAAUCGAUACCCCUCGGUCAAGUGGGACGAGAAGACGAGGAGCACGAAAGUUCGAGGGGGGCCAAAGACGACAGCGCACAACUUCGCGCUACAGUGGAGCGACUGGAACGCGAGCUAAGUUCCAUGAAGGCCGGUACAAGGACGGGUGCGGGGGGCGUGGUGGGGGCUCAGGGUGAAGUCUUCGGAUUGGCUGGAGGCAACGGGGGGGUUAGGUGGGGCCCGCCAACGGAUCCAACGGCGGGCGCUCCAUGGAUGGCAGGCGGGAUGGCAGAAAACGCCCGUAUGAUGGCCGAAAUCCACGUUCUGUCCAACGGUGGCGCGGGCGGCGGUGGGCAGCAGUUCGGCCUCACGGGCCUAGGGGGUGACGCCAACAUGGGGCUGUCAACGAUGUUCCCUGGAGCAGCAGGUACGACGACAGGGAAAGGGAUGGCGGCGGCGGGGUACCUCGGCCCCGGCUUGCACGGAAACGGACGAGGUCCGCAGGUGGACGGGAGCGGAGAGCAAGGGGAGGGGGGCGGCGGUAGCGCGAUCACCGCAGCUCGCAAGCGGAGUCGCGUGAACGGAGAAAAUCAACGGGUUGGGCCAGAAUGGGACGAGGAGCUUCAGGGGGCGGGCGGGGAGCCUCUUUCUCCUCGAAACAAGGAAUACCGCCGGAAGAUGAUAGAAAUGGACGCGGAACACAAGGAAGCGGUUAAGCGGCUGGAGUUCGAAAUGCAGAGGCUGGAACUGGAGCAGCAGCUAGAGGACAUGCGCGAAAGGAUGGCGAGGGAAAAGAAGACUCGCCAGCAGGACGUCGCCCACGAGCAGUGGGUCACGGAACAGAAGCGGAACCUGCAGGCGAUCAAGAUACAAAAGACUCUGGCGAAAGAGCGACAGCUGAUAGAGGUGCAGCAGACGCUCACCGACGCCCGCGGAGGCGGGGCCGGCAACAGUGUCCUUUGCGGGGGCCGCCUCGCCGGAGGGGGAUUCAGCGAAGUGGCGGCAGCGCUGCAUGCCGCGGGUGGUUGGAGACCGGGGGUCGGGGGCAUCGUGGAGAGACCGUACAACAAGGACCAGGGGUUCUGUGUGUUCUGGGACUAUUUGACGGGGUUGCCAAAGAGGAGCGGGAGCAAGGUCAUCGGGAAGGUUCGACUGGCGUUUGGGCUGUACAUUGGAAAGCGGCUUCACGGCAAGAUGCACUCGACACCGUGGACGGACAUAGAGCCGCGCACGGUCAAGAACGGCAACACCGGAAAAGCGGAAACCUUCUCGAAACUUGAAACUCGCAGCACGUUCCCAGGGAUCCCCGUCCACCUGCAGACUAAGCUAGUGGUGGAACUGCAGUUCAAAGACGAGGCAGGGGUGCAGAGGAAGGGAGGGAAGGGGAACCUCGGGUGGGGUUGUGUUUACGUGUUCAAGCCCGAGAAAGGUAGUCCCCAUCGCCUGACGCUCCGGGCUGGUCUAACGAGACUCACCCUGUUCCCGGGGAGCGUGGAUCUGCGCAUCGCGAACGUUAACGACGACAAGUCGGCCGUAUCGCGAUCGACCCCAACAGCAGCGUUCGUCAGGUUAGUGCAUGGGAUGGACAUGAACCCGGCGGCGGCAUUCGUCGUAGACCCGGACACGCAGCACCUCUACGCAGCGUACGGCAGAGGAAACAUUUCACAGAUGGAGCGGCAGAAAUUUAUGGCAGGUGCUUGCGCGGGGCAACAAGGCCCACCGAGAGGAUCGUGCCUGAAACGGACUUCGUUCAAGCCCCCCAGAGCUGGUAAAUUCUCGUCGGAGACCACAUCCGAACCUCAAGCAGCCGGCGGCGCAGGGGACGGGGAAGUAGCCAAGCAACCGAAAACCGACAAGCAGCAGGCGCCGGAGCCGAACGAAAAACGGUCGGAGAGCCCAAAGAGCGAGGAAAGAGAUUCCGUUGAGGAGGAAGAUUCGGAAGAAGAUUCUGGAAGUGCGGAGGGCAGCGGAAGUGAGACGAAGGAGCGGCGGCGAAGCAGCCUGUCGGCUCUACAAGACAGUUUAUGGCCGUUUUGUGCAACACGUUCCGCCGGGGUUGCCCGGAAACACACCCUCCCCCGCGUGUGUAACCAGGUAAGCAGACAGCCGUUCCUAAAGGGUGACGGCUUCGACAUAUAUAUUGACCGGGCCUGCGGCAUGCCGUACUCUUGCACCAUCUCGAAAGUCGUGGUCAGGGUCAUCGGGGACGUGGGAAACGAGGGACAUUGUUCCGCCAUCAGCAAGGGUGAUAGCCCCAGCAACAACCCUGUCUUUGGGUUGCGACAAGAGUAUCGCACCGGCCCAGAAAGCCGGGUACACGGCCGCCCGCCGUUUAUCUGCACUGGCUACAUAGAGCCAUUGACACACCACAUCGCUUGCGGAGUACGGCUAUUGUGUACACAUCUAGCAAUUCAAGUAAUGCAUGCUGUGAGCGGAUCGAUAACCUCAACUCUCAACUGCUUUGCGUUCCCUGCGCCUCUCCAGCGGAUGGACAUGACCAGCACGGUCAUGAUCCGGGUCGAAACCCUCGACCGCUUUUCCUCCGAGCAUCGAGCCGUGGGGUACGCUCUCCUGGCGAUAUUCAUGGACCCAUCUGGAAAUCAGCCGACCAAUGCCAGUGCUGACGGAGCCUUCUUGCGGGAGGGGAACUAUCAGUUCGCCCCGGGCGUGUACGACAAUUCGGACCUCCAACUGACGGAUUUGGAGAGGCAGAUACUGGACGUGAGGUCGAAAGACACGUACGAAGAGACAGUGAAGGAGGCAGUAAAGCUGAUCAACUCGCCUGACGAAUUUGGCAUUGAAGAGACGAGACCGAUUCCCAUGGAGCGAGUGCGUUUCAGCCGGAACGACAGAGACGGCUAG